AUGCCUGCGCUUGAAACAGUCUUGGGCCCAAUAGAAGCAGAGAGUCUUGGACUUACCCUCAGUCAUGAGCACGUCGGAACGAACGCCGCCGGUCUGCGCCAUACCUAUCCGGAAAUCAUUGACCGACAGGGAAUAGUAGAGCAAUCGACCGCGGCCCUGAAAGAAGCCUGCGAGGAAGCAGGGUUGCGAACCAUCAUUGAUGUGAGCACCUUCGACCUUGGGCGGGACGUUGAAAUGAUUGCAGAAGUGUCGAGGCAAAGUGGUGUAAACAUAGUUGUAGCCACUGGAAAUCACCUGGCAGUGCCCAGGCCUUUUGGCGAGGUUUCUCCCGACGCAAUAGCGCCUAUGUACGUACGGGAAAUCGAAGAAGGCAUUGAAGGUACCGGUGUCAAAGCCGCGGUUAUCAAAGUGGCUAGCGACCGGGGCGGAAUUACUCCACCCCAGGAAGUUGUGCUCCGGGCCGCCGCUCGAGCUCACCUCCAAACCGGCGCCCCGAUUUCUACCCAUACCUGGUCUCCUGAUCGCGUGGGUGACCAGCAAGUAGCUAUCCUGGAAGAGGAAGGCGUCGAUCUUAGUCGGGUUUACAUCGGCCACAGCAAUGACGACACGGACAUGGACUACCUGCUGGGCCUGCUGAACAAAGGGGUUUGGUUAGGUCUGGACCGGUAUCCCGGCGGCAGAGUUCCAGGCACGCCGGACUGGGAACGAAGAACCGAGGUGGCCAAGAAGUUGAUGGAUGCUGGCUUCACCGGGCGAAUCAUGCUUUCCCAUGACUAUUCCGUACCCAAGGCGCGCCACGGAGCCGAAGUGCAAGAGGAGCGUCGUCGUGCGAAUCCCGACGGCUAUAACUUUAUUCCCCGCAAGGUGCUGCCACGACUUCUGGAACUGGGCGCUACUGAUGCCGAUAUUAAUCAGCUGACGGUGGUGAAUCCAAGAAAGUUCUUUGUUGGAGAGUAA